CGCAGCCUGAUCAGCGGUGGUGGCAUCGCGGUGGGUACCAUUGACCAGGCCUUCCGUUUUUCGGAGCACGCGCCACAACCACCGGGCAUAUUUAUGGCUAAUCUGGCCGGAUCGGGAAUGCCCUUACCGCCGACCACUAAGAACAUCCAGUAUGCCGCCUGUGGUGGAGGCCUGGUCACAAAUGAGCGUUAUCACGGCCUACCACUGCAUACUAACGAUUUAGAAAAUCUGCGGCCGCAUCUGGUGAUUUUUGCCAAAGCCUAUGGAAUUCAAAUGAACAUCCAAGCUAUAAGGUCAUCUGCCGAUGAGAUGGAGCUCUUUUCUGUCAUCAAUCGCAACUUUAGGCACAUUUUCGGUAAACAGGAAGAAAUGAGGACGUUCAAAUGUUACGAUUUCACUGGGGGUGGAACCGAGCGCUGGGGUUUCGACUCCUGUAUGCACGCGGUAAAGAAGCCUGCCAAUUGGCUACCCUAUGUUAAAAUUCGCCCAAAACGUAAUGCCGACCUCGUGAAAAGUCAAAUGGAGCUGCGUUCUGCCGGAAACAUUGACGAAAUUCUUCGAGCUGCCGCCGCCUUCCUCAAAGUGAAACAACCCGAGGUUAGUUUUAUUUUUUUCUCACAGUGCCCUGUUGGCAGAGCCUGCAUAUCUGUCAGCCUGUACCACUCGAAUCCUGCUAAUUGA